ACAACUUUAUAUGGCUCCCGUCUGACAACAUGCACCACCAGUGGCUGCUGCUAGCUGCAUGCUUCUGGGUGAUAUUCAUGUUCAUGGUUGCUAGCAAGUUUAUCACACUGACUUUUAAAGACCCGGAUGGCUACGGUGCCAAGCAAGAGCCACUGAUACUGACAGCUGUGACAAAAGUUGAGGAGGUACACGUGCCAGAGGAAAAACAUUGGCCUGAAGAAUUCCAGCCAACUGGAAAAGCUUUUUCUGGAAAUCCGAUCCGCCAACCCCUGGUUCAUAUGGAAAGACUUGAACUUCUCAGGAAUGUCUGCAGAGACACUGCAUUGAGAAAUCUCUCUCACACUGCAGUUUCCAAAUUCGUCUUGGACCGAAUAUUUGUGUGUGACAAGCACAAGAUCCUGUUUUGUCAGACGCCAAAAGUGGGCAACACUCAGUGGAAAAAAGUCUUAAUCGUUUUAAAUGGAGCAUUUUCUUCCAUAGAAGAGAUCCCAGAAAACAUCGUACACGAUCAUGAGAAGAAUGGCCUUCCACGCUUGUCCUCCUUCAGCAACUCUGAAAUUAAAAAACGACUGAAUUUAUACUUCAAGUUUUUUAUUGUUAGAGAUCCAUUUGAAAGACUUAUUUCCGCAUUUAAAGACAAGUUUGUGCACAAUCCUCGGUUUGAACCUUGGUACCGGCAUGAAAUUGCUCCUGGCAUCAUUCGUAAAUACAGAAGGAAUCGCACAGAGACCAAAGGGCUGCAGUUUGAGGAUUUUGUGCGCUAUCUGGGUGACCCUAACCACCGAUGGCUGGAUGUCCAGUUUGGUGACCACAUCAUUCAUUGGGUAACGUACGUGGAGCUCUGUGCCCCCUGUGAAAUCAAGUAUAGCGUGAUCGGACACCAUGAAACCCUGGAGGACGAUGCUCCGUAUAUCUUGAAGGCAGCCGGCAUAGACCAUCUGGUGUCGUACCCCACGAUUCCGCCAGGCAUCACGGUGUACAACAAAACAAAAGUGGAGCGGUAUUUUUCGGGGAUUAGCAAGAGAGACAUAAGACGCCUCUAUGCACGCUUUGAAGGCGAUUUUAAACUCUUUGGUUAUCGGGAGCCAGAUUUCUUGCUUAACUGACACCUAGCAUAAGAUCUGAAGAAGCGAUUCAUGGAUUAAUCUAAACCUGCGUGAAUACCAGCUGCAACACGGACAGAGCUGAGAAUGACCAUUUGUUUUCUAGCUUUCUGAUGUUGCUCCAUUUUUCGGUGAAAUAUUUGUCAUAUGAACAAGUAGGGGCUUACAGCUGUUGUUUACUGACCAUGAUUUCAAUAUGUGACAUUGCAGUCUGUUAGGAAUGAAGUCUCUGUUACCUGAAAUACAGAAUUCCACUUCUCCCCUCUUCCCUCCAAGAAAAAAAGAGGGCAAACGAACAGGCUAUGAUCUUCCCCUCCCAGACAGAAUACCGUUUAAAAAAUGUUGUGAAAUGUUUAUAAAGAUGGCAGUUUCACUGUGGGUUAACUCUGACAAGGGGGUGAACUUGGUGAUUCGUGCUCAUGAGGAGGCAGGUAGUCUCCUGUAAGCUGUGAAAAUGAGAGGCCAGUGCAGGACUGAAAAUUGAUUAAACGCUUGACAAGUAAAAUCAUCUUGGUUCUGUCAUGUCACUGCUAUAAUAACAGUAAUGCUGAUCUAAUCCCAUUUUUGUUUGUCACAAAAUGAGCCUAAUUAUACAGAAGCUUUAGAGCUGUUAAAAAAGGAAGUGGUUCCAAAGCCCGUCUGUCUGUGUAUUUUUGUCAAGUGCUUACUGUAUUUACUACUGGUCUGUCGAGCCUCAUAAAUUCUAGUUUUGAUUUUCAAAAUAUUAUUUAACUCCUGUCUGUGUAAGUGAUCUGAGAACAGCAAAUGCAAAUGGAACAUAGGAAAAAUAUGAAACUUCUAGGGAAACUUCAAGGAAAACUCAUUUAAAAAUAGAGUAUUAAUUGUAUUUGCGGGAGCACAUAUAAAAGUAAUGAGAUGCGCUCUAAAUAUCACAUGAUUUAACUUGUUUUCUGUUCUAACAGUUAAGAUUAAUAAAGAAGCCACCAAAGCAGGGUG